AUGUCUGUAUGCCAAUCGUCCUGUGUUCUUCAGUGGGCCAUGAACUUUACCAUGGAUUACCUGAUAGCAAACUUUAGUUUGAAAACUCCGGAGACAGUUGCACUUCUGAAGCGACGGGGCCCAGAGGGAUUUCGGCGGGAGGAGGUGAAGCUGACUGACACGACGGGGUUCACACUCACCGCUACGGUGUUGGGGUUCAGGGGCCGCCAGCUGACGCAGCAACCUGUGAAGGAUGAGCUGGGGAACAUGCUGGCAUGGAACGGCGAGAUCUUCAAUGACAACAAGACGCGGUCUUUACAGGUCCCAGACAAGGAGUGUGACACCAACGUCCUUCUUCACCGACUGUCACAGUGCACCUGCGAUUCUGAUUUGCUCAACACCAUGUCGCGCAUAGAAGGACCAUGGGCAUUCGUCUACUUUAAGAGCGACAAGCAGCAGAUUUGGUUCGGACGUGAUGUUUUUGGACGUCGAAGUCUACUGUUCCGGAUCUGUGGCAACGGCCUCGCUCUUGCAUCUGUUGUGCACGCACUGCAAGAUGAGAUCUGGAGAGAGCUACCAGCGGACGGCAUCUACUGCCUCAACCUGAAUCAGAGCGCGUCCCGGGGCAGCAUGUUCGGGGGAAUCGCGGCCCUGCGCCUAUUCCCGUGGCACCGGCUACCCGCGGGUGACCUCUUCGAGCCUGGCUCACUACAUUCCCACCCCCUCAAGCCGAUCCUGGUGUGCUCCGUUGAUCCCUGGAUCAGCAGUCCUCUGAACAAGGAGCUUGGCAGUGGGCCACCGCCCAUGCCGCCCCUUGGACGGGACUUCUUCAGGAAGGUUGUAGAAAAGCACCAAGAGAUACUACUCGCCUUGUCUCAGCUGGAUAGUGUGCUGCUUGAAGCAGUGCGCCGCCGCCUCUCUAACCACAUGCUGGUGUGCCAGAGGUGCAUUCGCAAGCAUCGCGAGGGUCUCGCCGACACCCCACAGUGCAACCACGCGUCUGUGGCAGUUCUCUUUUCUGGUGGCCUGGACUCUAUGGUCAUCGCUGCGAUGUGUGCCAGGGUUCUCCCCAGGUCCUGCCCCAUAGACCUGCUGAAUGUUGCAUUCGAGCAUCAACUACACAUGAUUGACAGCCAGAGCAAAACCAAGAAGUGGUUCAAGUCUUUUGACGCGCCUGACCGUCUCAGUGCCAAGCUCGGUGUUGAUGAGCUCUGUGCAGCGUUUCCUGAGCGCCAGUGGAACCUCGUUGAAAUUGAUGUGAAUAAAGAAGAGCUGCAGUUUGACCGCGCCUACCACAUCCACAAGUUGAUCUACCCACUGGAGACCGUCCUGGACGACAGCCUCGGCUGUGCCCUCUGGUUUGCCGCUCGUGGCAGGGGAAAGAUCUCUGGCGACCCCUACACAAGCCCAGCGAGGGUUGUCUUCGUGGGAAUGGGUGCAGAUGAGCAGCUGGGCGGCUACUCAAGACACAUGAUGAAAUACAAAAACUCUGGCUGGGAGGGUCUCAUCGAAGAAAUUUCCACGGAUCUCAACAGGAUAGCCGAGCGGAACCUAGGCAGGGAUGAUCGCAUAAUAUCUGACCAUGGGCGAGAAGGCAGGUUUCCAUACCUGGACCGGGAUGUUGUUAGCUUCCUGAACCGGGUACCCAUUUGGAUGAAAGUGAACCCCAACCUGCCUCGAGGUAUCGGAGACAAAAUGCUACUGCGCGUACUUGCCGCGUCCAUGCACCUCAAUGAGGCUGCCUGUCGACCUAAACGGGCCAUGCAGUUUGGAACACGCGUGGUACACGCCGAAGAAGAUCGUGCCAAAGGUGGCGACAUCUGCCAGAAACUUAUGGAUAUGGAGUUGGGAUCUGUUCCUGAGAGCGAAAAGGCCUACUGGAAUAUGUGAGCACUUCCUGGAAGCUGCAACUCGCACCUGAAAUUCAUUGCGGGCGCUUUGCUGUGAUAUCUGACUGAUGUGUCACCCUCCGCAUUGGACAGUGUUGAGGAGCUUCUCCCACUGUAAAUUUUAUACGUGGAAGAUUUAAAUAAAUGUACAUAAGUGUAAAUAUAUGUAUAAUUUUAUACAUAUA